AUGUCUCUUCAAGUGAGCAACCAAGAACACUUAUAUACCUCGACAGAGGUUAAAAAAACUGACGUCUCAUCACGCCUUGGUGUGAAUGAACCUCAGAAAGAUGUCAACUUCUUGCAACUUUUUCGUUAUGCCACCCUGUUUGAUUGGUUCCUUAUUACUCUUGGUUCCAUAGCAGCAUUGGCCAAUGGUGCUUCUAUGCCUGUGAUGACUAUUAUCUUCUCACGCGUGAUAGAAUCGUUCGCAGUAUUCACACUGUCAAUUAGCACAAAUGGAUUCACUGAAGCAGCCAAAGAUGAUUUGCACAGUUCGAUGAUCUCGAAUGUAAAGUUGUUUUUAAUACUCGGAGCGGCGCGCGUUCGUCAAAUAUACUAUGAGGCGAUCUUACGUCAAGACAUCUCAUAUUUUGAUUCUAUUUCUACUGGAGAUAUAACAACUCGUAUUUCUUCCGACGCAAAUCUUUUUCAGGAGGGUAUCUCUGAGAAAAUUAGUCAAGUUAUACAAAGUGUUACCACCUUCAUUGCUGGAUUCGUUGUUGGAUUUACUAAAG